AUGGUUCAUGACAGAGGCGAUGCACCGCUGGGGUUGGCUCCAGUAAACUGUCCUGCCACACCACACAGCAGCCCUCUUACUCACGGACUCGGGGGGGGGGGGGGGGGGGAGGUGGCGUUCCGUCGCCCUCCUAAUGCCUCCCCACUCCCAGGGAGUCCUUCCUCCCUCUCAGCUCAGCUCCACUCACCCGAGGAGAGCGACCGCGGAUGGCAUCAGGGUGCUUUCCGCUCAGUGCCCCAGCAAGGCAAAGGGAACGAGCACAAGCCAGAUUCUCCACAUAGAAUAAAAUACAAAAAUAAUGAGACAGCUGUAUUUGGAGAAAAUGUGACGAUUUUCUGCAAUUUGACAACUCCAGCAGAUGUUGUGCAAAUUACCUGGCAGAAGAUCCAAGGUUCUUCGCGACAAAAUAUUGGCACAUAUAGCAAUAUAUAUGGAGAAAAGAUUCUUCCACCAUACAGAGAUCGGCUGCACUGUGAGGUCAUCGAACCCAAUUCCUCAUUCAUAACUAUCCGUGAAGUAACAUUUGAAGAUGAAGCCUGCUACAAAUGUCUAUUUAAUGUGUUCCCGCAAGGCAGCCAUAGUGGACAAAUUUGCCUUAACAUUAUAGUACAGCCCACAGUGUUCCUUCACUAUAAAUUUUUCGAAGACCACGUAAAUAUCACUUGCUCUGCCAAUGCCCGCCCAGCCCCUGUGAUCUCCUGGAAGGUCUCUGGGUCAGGGAUUGAAAACAGUACUGAGAUUCUCUCACACCCCAAUGGGACCACGUCUGUCACGAGUGUCCUCCAGGUCAAAGACCCCAAGAGCCAGGUGGGGAAGGAAGUAAUCUGCCAGGUGCUACACCUGGGGACUAUGACCAGCGUCAGGCAAACUUUGGACAAAGGCUUUUGGUUUUCAGUUCCACUAUUGUUAAGUAUUGUUUCCCUGGUCAUUCUCCUGGUCUUAAUCUCAAUCUUAUUAUACUGGAAACGUCGUCGGAACCAAGACCGAGCGCUCCCCAGGGCCAGCUACUCCAUGUAACAGACUCUGAAAUUAUCCAAUAUACUCACUAAUUAAAUAGUAUUUUCUCUGUUAUACUCUUACUAUGUCUCAAACACUAUAGGCAACAUGUAGGCAAUCUUCUAACUACAUUAUGUCAUUCUGUCCUUAUAGACUGCACAUUUUCUCUCUGUCCCCUACAACAUCUAUCACAACAUCUUAUGUAUAUUAUUAGGUGCUCAAUAGCUGUUCAUUAAAAUAGUGAAUGAAUCAGUGGAUGAAUG